AUGUCUCUCGAGAAAGACCUGCCACCACCGUAUUCUCCUGUUGCUUUUCAUGAAACAUUACCAAUUAAUCUCGAUGCAUCGGCUGUCAGCGAUUAUCUGCCUUGGUCAAUUGUGAACUUAUUUUUUGGCUGGGGAUUUUUCGGUAUUAUACCAUUGGUUUGUUCGAUUGUUUGUCGAAAUGAAAAAAGUGCCAAUAAUUUAAAUGGAGCUCGAACUAUGAGUACUAUGGCAUUAAUAUUAAAUAUUAUAAUCACUACGGGAGGAGUGAUAGGAUGGAUUGCGUUCAUUGUGUUGGCUUCCGGUUAUAUAGUUGCACUUAAAGUUUUCACGUAA